AUGGUCCCAACCCAGAGGGAUUCUACCAAUUUAGUCUUAACUGCGUGUUUGAUACCCUUGUAUGUGAAAAAAAUACCUGAUUGCAAAUAAUUGUAAGUUGUCUGAGUUUCCAAGGGGUAUAAAGGUAGGAGAUUUGAUUUGAGCGAAUAACUGAAUCGCAUCAAACAUGAGCAAGGAAUAGAGACAAAUCGUUUUGGUAGUCCGUGGAAUAUUGAUUAUCUAACCAAUUUCGUUAGCUAUGUUUUUAUGACAAGCGUCUGACUCUGCUGUAUGAAAAGGAAAUUGCUCAUUUUGAUGCCCAAAAAUCCUUGGUUUUGUUACAGGUGUGGCCGGGACUCUGCUUGCAAAGGAAGAAAGCCUUUUCAGCAUAAGAGACUUAUUUUCUGGUGCUUUCAAGGUAUAUUUCAUUCUGUUCAACUUGGACUACCUACUUUACCACUAAAAGAAUGCAUCAUGGUGCCCUUAGAUGUAUGCCUUGUUUUGCUAAGAGUUACCUGGAUGAAGCAAAAUUUGGUGGUGUGAUUCGAAUUUUGUCCAUUCUAUCUUAUUGUCAGGAAGAACUAGUUUCUUCUACCUCUCAUAUCUGACUUACAAGUAUUAUAUACUUUUCCUCUUUUUUUCUUGAGGAACGAACAUCUCUAUAGCUUGUGAAACAUGGUUCAUUUUCUUUUGACUUUUGAUGAAUUCCAUUUAGCAGCUUUAGUUGGAAUUUUAAUGCUAUGAAUACGUUGCUGGAAUAUAGUUCUGGAUAUUAAUCUGACAUUAGCUGCUAUUAUCAGAUUUUUAGGAAACACCUUCAACAAGACAAGGCCAGCUCUUCAUCAGAAACCAAGCCACAAAAUGAAUUUCUUUUAGCACAGGUAUGUUGCUCCCCCUUUUAAAGGAUUGUCAUUCUAGAAGUUAUAGGGAUGCACGAUCUUAACUUUCCUUAAGCAUUUUUCAAGAAUUAGGAAUUAUUCGUACCAUUAUCAAGGGAUGCACUAACUAACUACUGUAGCUCAAAAGGGGGUUAUGCUUAGUAUGAUAGACCCCCUUUCAGUAUGACAAGCUUGAUCUCAAAUUAAUCAGUUUGGAGGGUUCUCUCUUCAUUAGAAAUACAAAAUGAUGAUGCUAGGCGGAGUUAUCUUUCACCUAUCUUGUAAUAUUUUUUAAAAAUUUCAUGCUUGUUUUUCUUGUCUUCGUCAAGUUUUUAAAAAGUGUUUCUUAUUUUUUUAGUACUCUUUUUCUUCUAUUUGGUACAACGCAGAAAGUGUCAGUUUCUCAGAAAGCCAUCUUCCUCAUCCAAAUGCCCAUCAGUGAUCUUUGAUGCUCUAUCACGUUACGUAGUUUAGAUUUUUUGUGAAAAAGAUGACAGCAAUGGCAUUAUUAGAGCUAUAAUCAUUUUUUCUUAUAUUGUAGGUCAACAAUCUCCGUAAACAACUACAGAGCUUGCAAUCUUCUGGGCCAAUAACAAUUGUCACUGGAAGCAGUUCAGGUUACUAACUGCAUAGCUUUCUCAUGCAUGUCUUUUAGUUGUCUUUCAUAAGUGCCUAUGCAAUACUCUUUGUUGGACUCAGAAGUAGUUCCAUGUAUCCACAAAUUAUUUCCAGGCUUUCUACUUAGUAGCUCAACUUUGUUAGCCGUCAGACGUGAAUAUUCUGAAAGAAAGGUAGGUAAUAUUCUGAAAAAGUGUUGAUUUUGUGAACAAACAAACUAGUUGCCCCUGGAACAUGAGGGGUUUUGCUUAGUGUUCUGCUUCAUCGUUUGGUGCUCUCCGCAUGAAAGGACUGCAACUUGGGAUAUUUUAGAAAUAUGGUGUCAUUAGUUGGUUCUUAGGCAUAUCAGUGAGAUAGAUAGCAGAGUUUUCUUGGAUGGGAUUCUGUUUCUGGCUGUUAUAUUUCUCCAAUUAGAACCAUUGUGGAGAUAACAGGUUUGUUGUUACAGUAGACAUUAUCUCUGGAGUUUGUGAUCGUGUGCCAUCCCUGCUUGAGUGCAUUGCUUUCUAUGUCAUUCGGUAAAGAAGUUUUGGGUUAAGCUUUCGUUACUUUGUAAUUCCUAAUCUUCAAUUUUGAAUGGGGCAUAGCAACUCCCCACCGACCAGAAAAAGAGCAUCUCUUCCCCUGGGGAGAAGAACACUUCAUCUUAACCUUCCUCUCAGCCAUUCAACGUCUGAAACCUGAUUGUAUGUUGUUUCAGGUGUGUUCAAUGCUAUAAUUUCAUUCGAUCCACAUUCACAAUGAGUAGAUCAUCACUGGUUUUGAUGCCUUUUAUUCUUCUUGGCUACAGUCAAAGUUAGGCUUUCUUUAUCGUGUUCGAAACAUCUGUGAUUCUAAAGGGAGGCUAAUAUAAAUGGACGUAUGGUCUCCAGAGUUUCCCAUCCUGUAUAGUCUUCUUCACUGUGUGUAGAUUAUCAUUUUUGUGUAUAGUUUGAAGACUCAAUCUAAUUCGGAGGGAUGCGCUAUCUGGCAUGAUUUUCUAGGUUCCUGAGUCAUCCACAUUGGAAUCAGAUGAACUUGUCCAUUCAUUCUGGGCUCAAGCUGUUUGGAUCUGGUUCUUUGGAGAACCAGGGCAGUUUAAAUAGCUCUUGACCUUAAUCUGCAGAUUCCCAUCGUGUAUUGCUCAAGCCUAUUCAAGUUCUGUCGAGCCAACUGAAGUUUUGUCGUCACACCAUUGUUUCUGCCUCAAAUCUCUGCCUUCCCUUUAUGUUGCCUAUCUCUGACUUCUCCUUCCACUAGUCAUUUCCUUGUCCAUCUCAAUGCGCACUUGUUUCCACAUAGAACACGGGCUGAAUGUCAAUCGAGUUUUUCAAGAGGGGUGUGUGUGUUGGAGGGUAGGUGUUCACGUAAUGACAAUAAUGUUUAAAUCUGGUUAAAGUUUCGUACUUUCCAUAUCCUUCUCUUAGUUAAAAGUGCGAUGGGCAUAUCCUCACAAUCAACGUAGUUGCUCGUUGGGCGGGUCGCCCCCAGGAACUUCCUGUGUCGGUCCCCUAUUAAAUCCUAGAGUCAAUAAUCCCAGAAAAUACUGUUCUUACUCAUCAUUUUGUGUGUUUAUCCUCUGACCUGGUCAAUAAAAGUUCAAAUCCCACUAGAUGCACGCUUCAUGCUUUUCAGUUUUUUUUUUUUCCCUUGUUUUUCCUAGAUGGGUGAUAUGGGCUGAUUUUUCAGGCAGGCAGAUCAAAGCCAACUUGCUGCCAUGCUCUUUCCUCCGAGUUAUACUUUUUGGGGCAGGUCAGCGUGACCCGACUGGUUUUCUUUGUCCUAUUGUCCAAUAUUUUUAAAAAAAUACAUAAUCACCUACAUAGCAUUGAGCAUCAGAGGUAUUCUGAGCCGAGGAGUGUCUAAUCAACCAGGCAAUCCAAUGCUGUAUAUCGUGCACUACCUUUGCUUGCGCUGACAUUGCAGAAUUACAUUGGUACAUAGAUUAUUAGUUUUGGAUUUUAAAAGAAACCUCAUGUAUGCUUUCUUCCAGGCCCCGGCGCUGUUAGCGUGACAGCCAUUGUUGUGUUUGGAGCUUUUGGAUAUGGAUAUGUAUGGUGGAAGGUAAUGUUCUGCAUGUCGGAAUGACUUUAUUUGGUGAUAAUAUUUACCUUGGGUGAAAGUUGUCUAAUUUCUCCUGUUUCAUGGCAGUUUUUUUCUAAGUCUACUAAUUCCCCUGUUAUUUUUUGAUGUGGUUGUCUGUCUGGCUUACGGUUUUUUUUUACAGGAAAUAAUUUUCUUAGUUCUUUAAGAGGGUACUUAGAUCACUUAAUUACACAACAUAAGGCAGCCACUCCCCAUGAAACAGUGUCGAUUUCCCAUGAAAGUGUGCUCGCUCCAAGAUCUAUGGGCUCUCAAACCCAAAACCCUCAUGCCCACUCAGAUUACUAAUUCUGGACGAUUGGACUCUCUUCCUAGUGACAGUUUAUGCCUGCUUCGCUUUUGUUGUUCGUGCCUUCUAGAUCUUAUUAUGCGUGUUUUUUUUUUAGCAUGAGGCAUGCUCCAUUGAUCGGAAUGAAUCAGAAUUUGUAAGCAUGAGAAAGGAAAUAUGUGGGGUUCUGGAAGGAUAAUAUAAGAAGUGGGAAUCACGGCAUCUUCUCCCAUUAGGUUUAUUAAUAAAAAAUAUAAAAAAAUAAAAAAAAACUCUGUGAAGUAAAAAAACAUGUAGAAUCAUUUUCCUUUCUACUUAGAUCUUUAGUUUAUAACUCUAGGCAGAAUAUUUCAUCAUGCGAGACUAAACAGCAGAGCAAGCAUCAGCACGCUAUUUCCUCUUUUAUCUUAUGAAAGAAAGAGAAGGUCGCACUGCUUAAAUGGGACCGUAGAUGGUGGGAUCCUGGGCUUUUAUGAUUUUCAUUCCCUUCAUAACUCAUUGGUCAGCUAUCUACCCACCUCUCAGACACCACAAUUAAGGGGGCAUGUAGCUCUUACAGGAGCUGUGAUGUUCCAUAUAUCAGGAUCAUCAAGGGUUCUUCACAUAUUUGUGUUCCUCUCACAAAACGCCAACAGAAACCAAUGCUAGAGUUCUCUUUGCUUUCUAUUUUCUGCAAGAACCCCUGAAAUUCUAUAUCAAUAUUAUUUAUUUUUAUUUUUAUUUUUUAAAAUGUGUCCUACUCCCAAAUGCCCUUGAUCUGCUUUGCUUGUCACACAGGCUCCGAGGUUUUUAUGGAACUUAUUCCUCCCUUCACUUAUAUUUUAGGAUCGUUAUGAUUAUUAUGGUUUGAAGUGGAUCCAUAACUAAAAGCAUUACAUUUGUGCGCGUGGUUUCCAAGUUCAGAAGAUUGAUAUUUUCCCACAUAAUGCAGCUAUUUCUCUCUAUUUCAUCAUUUGUAGAAAUAUUUAUAGAUUUCUUCUGCAAUAGUCAAAAGGGUCAAGCAAUCAGCUCAUCUCAAACCCUUUCAGGGCUGGAGGCUCUCCGACAUGAUGUUCAUCACACGCCGCAGCCUGUCUGAUGCCCGCAACAGCGUAGGAAAGCAGCUCGACUCGUUAUCAUCAUCAAUCUCGGUGAUCUACUACCUUCACCUCAGAAAUCAUUAUAAUUUUUUAUUUUAAAAUCGAAAUAAAUCCGCCCCCCCUACAGAUAUAAACUUCUUUCGAGCCACUGAUUCUCGUUGACUUUCCAGUCCACCAAGCGGCAUCUAUCAUCGAGGAUCGAUCGUGUGGACUGCAGUCUAAACGACUGCAUCGAGCUCUCCUCUGCCACCAGAGAUGAGGUGCAGCUGUGUUCAUCAACGGACUGAGCCAUCACAUCCCCCAAGUAGAAAACGGGGGCGAUUCCGGGUCAAAGAUCUCAUUUUUUUCAUGCCCAUCUGAACUCGCAGGUCUCCGAGCUGCACGGAGAACUGAGCCAGAUUCACGCCAACGUUGAGAACGUGCACAUCAAAGUUCGGACUCUGGUGAGCUCUCCAGGCUGUGCGACGAGGGUAGCUAUCAGUGUUGUCGUCUUCUCCCUGGAGAAGGGAGUCUGACUUCUUCUCUGUGCAUGCAGGAGACGAAGCUUGGCCGGAUAGAAGGAAGCCAGGUAUUGUUUCCAUCCUUUUUCUAUAAUUAGUUUUACCCCUCCAGCCCACCGAAAAAAAGAAAGAAAUGGGGAAUGAAUUUUCCAUGAAAGAAUUUCUGCAUCAGGAUCUCACCACGCGAGGCAUACGGCAUCUGUGCGAGUUCGUGAUGAAUCUGGAGAGAGGAAGGAGCCAAGAACGCAUCCGGGUAAGCUUCCCCAACAACUAAGAACCCAUGAAAUCUUCAUUUUUUUUUUAAAAAGUAUUAAGAAAUAGAUAAUCUUGACUGUUUAAGGAGAGAGAUUAUACAAUAUAUAUAAAUCGAGACAGUUGUAAAAUUAAUUAAAUAUUAGUUAAUUCUUUGCUCAUCUGGCAGGCGUCACAGUCUUCUCGGCUUGCUCUGGAGGUUUCCCCCCGAGUGCUGCCUCUCACAGCGGUAAAUGCUUGGAUCCUCUUUGCUUCCUCCUGGGAUUUCUCGCACUCCAUGGUUGCAGUAAUCAUCCCCAAUCGACUUCCAGGCUGGGUCUCCAUCGGCGGCCGCCACAGCUCCAGAAUCGUCCUCGCCGUCGCCCCACCCUGUUGAGACCCCCAAGGUGGGUCCAUCCUCUCUCUCUCUCUCUCUCUCUCUCUCUCUCUCUCCAUCUAUCUCUCUCUCACUCUCAUCUCUCUCUCUUUCUCUCUGCUUCUUUUCAGGUUUUGCGGACGAUAACAGUGUCAGCAUCGGGUCUAAAGGUGAGUAGUGAGUGAUGAUCCAAGUUCUCUGACUCUUCAUGAAAGAAGAACCCAGUUGUAUUUUAAACUAUCUUUUUCUCUUUUUUUUGGGGGAGUUCAGGAGCUGCAGGAGGCCUCCAAUUCCUUGAAUGGCGGGCAUUUCAGAUCGCCGGCGGUGAGGGAAACCGAAGAGGGCAGCGCCGCCACCGCCGCCGCCGCCGCCCCGAGCUCCGGCGUGUUCGGCUGGAAGCUGCCCAGCCUGCUCUCGAGAACCCGCAGCGCUUCCUGACGUUAGAGACAGCAGAAAAGGGAGCUUUUUACUCUCUUCUCGAUUUCCAUUGGAACCGAAUAAGUCAACGCCCUUUACCUCCUGCGACUGGUGACUGAAUUUUGUAGAGAUUUAGGUUAGAUCCUGGCUAG